GAGCGCAUUCCAGCACACGUCCGGCACGAUGUGAAGCCAACGUGCGUCGCAUCAAGCACGCAUCGACAUGAUGGCGCAACAAACAACAACGGUAAAUAGAUUGGGAUUACAGCAUGUCCAUAAUGUCCAUGGCGUCGUCCUCGUCGUCGUCGAGAAACCACUCGCCGUGCGUCAAGUUGCCUGCCAACCGCGGCUGCGUUUGCACGACACCUCCUUCGUCGUCGACAUCCAUGUCGACAUCCAUCGCAUCGUCGUCGUCAUCGUCACGUUCCUGGCCUUCCGGAAUGGUGAACGGGGGAAGCAUAUACCGUCUCAGCGGGGAAGGAAGAGCGGACGGCGAGUUGUACAGCACCAUGGUACCAAGGGACGGGUCGCGGGGUAGUGGGGAUGGCGUGUCCUUCAUCUGCCGCCUAUGCAUCUCGUCAAUGGAUGUCGUGAAGACGAGCACAGUGUCGAGUACAUGUAUUCUGAGUAGAGACUGUAUCGAUUUCGCCUCGGAUAGAGGUAUUGCCGCGGUCCGUUUGACGAGAUGAACGUGGACGCGUUGGGUUUCUCCGACGAUGUUGUCGAGUUGGUGGAAUUCAUGGAGAUGCAAAGGUUUUCUAGCAAAUCCACGAGCGCUUUCUUGUUUGGAGGCAUUUCACGGGUGAUGUCGUCGUCGUCGCUUGCAUGACGCCGCCGGACGCCCCGCCGAGGAAGUGGCCGCUGCAUCAUCGUGCUUGACGCUCGUUUCUUC